UUAGGCGUUCUUUGCUUUGUUUCCCCCCACGUUCUCUAUUUUGUUACAUGAAAUCAACGUGCAAGUGAAUGACAUUCGACUCUUUAGAUAGUUGUUCGACCCUAUUCUUCUCCAUCACCCCUGUGUAGUAUAAUGCGAUUCUAACGUUGUACAAGCACCUCUGAUUGCUGCCAGACAGCUUAGGCCCAAAACGAUCGACACUAUUAAUCUCAUGAGCUUUUCACAACAACGGCCACAGCCAAACGGUAGUGGUGGAACACAAGGGCAACCAAUGCAUAAUCUGGCGAAUGGCAGCAAUGCUCAUAAUGUCAUCAAUGGAGACAGUAGCAACAACCCAAGCCCUACCAAUACUGCCACUACCACUACCACUUCCACUACAACUACAAAUAAUAAUAACAAUAACAAUGAGUCAGGCUCAACAACUCCACCAGAUCCCAAUCAGACUCAAACGCCUCAACGACGAAAGAAAGCAAGUCGAGCUUGUUUCCACUGCCAAAAAGCCCACUUGACAUGCGAUGAUUCUCGGCCUUGUCAACGAUGCAUAAAGCGCGAUUUAGCUUCAACAUGUGCAGAUGGUGUUAGGAAAAAGGCCAAGUAUCUUCAGGAUGCAUAUGACGCUCAGCAGCUGGCUGCUGAGCAAUCAGCGCAGGCUACCCAGAGUGGACCUAGUACAGACCUUUCAACAAUAAAUCAUCAGCUCAUGACAGAUCAGGACCAGCAACAGCGACAAGCCACGUUGACAGACGCCAAUGCGAUCUUUGGCUUUCCAAUGACAUCUGAUUACGGGUUUGGAUCUGAAGCAGUCAAUUUGGAGUACUCAAUCAUCUCGACAAUGCUCUCUUCGCCAACAGCAGAUCUCAAUCCAAUGUCGGACCUAUCGAUUGUGGAGAAUUGGCAACGGCAGGGGGGUUUAGAUGCCAUGGCUAGUUUGGCUAACAAUAACCAGCUUCAAAAAGCCCUAGCCGCUCAAGGGGUGAUGGCGACAGCGGCAGCGGCAGCGGGCGCUAGGUCGGGAACAGGGACAGAUGGAUCUAGUAUAACAGGGGCCAUGUCCAAUGGCGGCGCACCAGCUCAUAAUAGCAUCACCAAUGGUAAUAAUAGCAAUAAUAAUGUCGCUUCUAAUGGUGCAGCUGGGUUGUUGGGACCUGGCGCAUCGACUGCCAACCCUACAAAUACCACAUCACCAUUUCAACAUACUACUACAACGAGGGUGAGCAAACGCAAAUUUCCAAGCAAUACACCUGAGAAUGUCUAUGCCAAUACAAAGCAACCGUUUAAUUAUACCGACGGCUUCCAUUAUCUUUUGCGAUACGUCCGUGAACGGAUGGAUAAGGAAGAGAUGAUGCGUAUCUGUAGGGCGAUGGCCAUGUUCCGACCAUCGUUUAUCGCAUUGAUCAUGAACCUGACGCCAGAAGAUCUUAUUUUUAUGGAAAAAUGUUUUCAGCGCACAAUCCUUGAAUUUGAAAAGCUAAUUAGUUUCUCAGGGACACCCACAGUAGUAUGGCGUCGUACAGGAGAGAUUGCACUUGUGGGAAAAGAGUUUUCUUUAUUGACACAAUGGGGACGAGAUCAGCUUGUGGGCAAGAAAACAUACAUUUACGAGCUGAUGGAUAAUCAAUCAGCAGUAGAGUAUUGGGAAAAAUUCUCGACACACGCGUUCGAAAACACGGAGCAGACAGUGAUGACGACAUGUAUUCUCUUGAGUCCAACGAACCGAGUAGUGCCCUGUACGUUCUGUUUUACCAUUAAGAGAGAUAUUUUCGAUAUCCCUCUAGCAAUUGUAGGGAACUUUUUGCCAAUUUUGUCAUAGUGUCCAAAGAUAUAU